UCAACUCACCCAUUCGUACUUAGGACACUUUCUCAUCUGGUGAAGGAAAUCUCAAGCUGAGAAAAAUGAAGCUGUCCUUUGUGGGCGCUGUCUUGUUGAUUUCUGUGCUCGGCACAGAUGCCCAGGGGUACGCUGGCUCCCAAAGCUACAGUGUUUCCACAAACUAUAAUCCACAGCCCGCUGAUCCUAAUAAUAUUCCAAAUCUUCUACCUCCACUCCCACCUCCACCCCCAGGGUACUCUGGCUACAGUGUUUCUACAAACUAUAAUUCACAGCGUCCUGAACCUAGGCCAUAUAACUUCCCUGCUUCUGCCGAAGUCAGCUAUCCUCGCCCAGAAGGGAACACUGGCUACAGGGUCGAUACUUAUUUUGGAAACCAUAAUCAACAGUACCCUCCACCUCCACCUCCACCUCCACCUUCAUCUUCGUUUCUCAGUAAUAUGUUGUCAACAAUUGCUUCAUAUGCACAGAAACCAAUCAGUAUGGUGAACGAUAUGAUGGGAACAUUCACGGACCUGCUUGGUGGUCUUUCUCAACCUUCCAAACGUUCUUAUCCUUUAAAGAACCAGGCUUCCUACCAUAGGCCUGUUCCUGUUGCCAGCAGCCAGGUUUUUGUCUCCUCUUAUCCAUCUCAUUCUGCCAGUAACCAGGUUGGUGUUCCCCCUGGUCCUUACAAUGGACUUCCUCCCCUUCCUCCUCCACCUCCUCCUCCUUUCGUUAGCCAGGUUGGUGCUCCCUCCAAUAGUUACAAUGGUCCUCCUCCUCCUCCUCUUGCCAGCAUCCAAGUUACUAGUUCCUCUGAUAGUAACAGUGGCCCUCCUCCUGCAAAUAGCCAGACUUACAAUGUUAGAGUGCCGGCUCCACCUCAAAAUGCAAUGUAAAUCAAAGCAUCUCACAGGGAAAAUGGACUCUGAUCCACCAAUUGCAUGUAUUGAGAAUAAAACGGACAGCUACAUUUUCUAUUUCGAUCAUUCACAUUUUUUCCCCCUAAUCAACGAGGAAUUGCAACUUUUUUUUGAGAAGGCUCCAGCAAUUAUGUUUCUUUCUGUUGAUUAAUGUAGUUCCUCUUAAUUGUGAAUCCAGAUUAGUCUACAAAAAUAAACGUUUAAAAAUAUAUACAUAUGCAGCAUUA